AAUUUGUUUAUUCCAUACCCAGUCUUCGUAAGGUGCGUUUGCGCCGUUUAAAUUACUAAAAUAAACACGAAAAUACGUGAAAGUGUUCUAAAAAUAAAUUUCAAAAAAUGGACGACGAAAAUGAUCAGAAGAUAGAAGAAAAGGAAGAGAGAACUCUUAAUAACAAUACGGUAACGAAGGACAAGAAUACAGACACCGUUCAACAAGACCUAGAUUUAAAUUCAGAUAAAUACAAAACAAAGCCUGAGGGGAUAGCUCACACAAACAUAUUUUUGCUAGUUUGCAUAGCAGGCAUAUCGUUAGGAAUACUUCUACAACUAAUAAAUGCUGUUAAACGAAGUGAGAGUGUUGACAAAGAUUAUUAUCUCGAAAAACCAUUGAAGUACUGGGUGUAUAAGAAUUCUACAAAGGCCAACGACUUGAAUGGCUUUCUCAAACAUGUACAUUUAGUUCUAAACAGAGUAGGAUACGAGAAAAGUACAAACGAAACGCCAUGGAACUUACUAUGGGCAUUCGAGACCCCUUUUAAUGAACUCAACCUUCGAAAUUUAAGCUCUAACCAAAAAUUAAACCAUUUCCCCGGUACGGGGUUUAUCACUUCAAAAGUAGACCUAGCGACUUCCGAUUCAAAGUACAUACCAAAGGCUUUUAGACUUCCAAAAAAUAAAAAUGAGUUCUUAAAGUACGCAGAGCAGAAUAAAGAUGCGAUGUUUGUGCAAAAGUAUAACACACACAGACACGUCUAUUUGAAGAACGUGAGUGAAAUAGAUAUGACUAGCGGGAAAAGUUUCGUUCAAGAGUAUGUGCGAAAUCCGUUCUUAGUGGAUGGACAUAGGUUCGAUAUUGGCGUGUACGUGGUGCUGAAAUCAGUGAACCCCCUGAGGGUAUAUUGGUACAAAGGCGAUGUUUUGUUCAGAUACUGCUCUGUCAAAUACCAUCCCUUCGAUCCAGCUAAUUUGGAGAAGUAUGUGGUGGGAGAUGACUAUCUGCCUACUUGGGAAGUUCCCUCGUUGGCGCAUACCUACACUGCGCUGGGCAACACUAUGAAAGAAGCCUUCGAUAUCUAUGUUAGGUCUAUGGGCAAGGAUCCGACAGUAAUGUGGGAGGAAGUGCAGAACGCUAUCUCAGAAAUAUUCUUUAUGAAAGAACAUCAUAUCAUUGAAGCGUUGAAGGGGUUUGCAUCUUCAGAGAACCUCUUUCAAAUGAUGCGGUUUGACUUCUUAGUGGACGAGAACUUGAAGGUUCACUUGUUGGAGGCCAAUAUGAGCCCUAACUUAAGUUCUCAUCACUACCCGCCGAACCAGUUGCUGUAUGAACAAGUACUCUAUAACCUGUUUUCUUUGACUGGUGUCACACAAGAGAAUGUUAAGAUGGAAGGUGAUACAAAAGGCGCUCAAAGUAUGAUAUCUGCACAGAAGAAUAUAGGAGUAUUUGGCGAAGAGUGUAGGACGAUAUGCAACGACAACUGCAGUGCUUUGGAACUGUGCUCUCUAUGCAAGCCGUGCCUCGAUGCUAAGCUGAAGAAGAGUUUGCUGGACGCCUACAGUGAAUUCUUACAUAGAGGCGACUUUAGAAGACUGGUUCCACCGCCUAUGGUCCCUAAUAACGACAUAGAAUCAUUAUUGGAAAAAUACAAACAUUUGUCCACAAACAACAGACUUCUACAUUUAUGGUAUCAAGGAAAAUGUAAUCAAGACAUAACAUGGUGUUAUUAAAUAAAAAAUAUAAUUAUUAAAAUGCAGCUAAUUUAUUAAAAAUUACACAUAAACAACCA